AUGGCGGAUGGAGGCGUGGAUAUAGAUUUAUACGCUGACGACAUUGAAUCUGAUUUCAAUAGACAGGACGAGUUCGGCGGUGAAAAUGUAGACUUAUACGAUGAUGUGAUUGCCGCACCGUCGUCGAAACCUGAUGAUGAUGGACCACCAAACGCACAGCAGCUUCCUCAUCCACCGGAGGAGACCAACGGCAACGUUCCAUAUCACAACAACGCACCAAGCCACGGUCAUCAUGGCCGCCGUUUUCAACUGUACGUCGGCAACCUAACUUGGUGGGCGACGGAUCAAGACAUAGCUAACGCCAUUGCAGAGAUUGGUGUUACCGAUUUUCAAGACGUGAAGUUCUUCGAGAAUAGGGCGAAUGGACAAUCGAAGGGGUUCUGCGUCAUUUCACUUGGAUCCGAUCAGUCUAUAAGGAUGGUUAUGGACCGUCUACCCAAGAAAGAUAUACAUGGGCAGCAACCAGUCGUCACUUUGCCAACUAAACAGGCACUGAACCAGUUUGAAAGUCAGUCCAAAACAAGGUCAACGCCCCCUGGACCUAACAAUCCGGGCAUGAGGGGGCCACAUCCAGGCGGUCCGCCUGGACCGCACCCGGGAGACUUCUUCGGCGGCGGACCAAACGGUCCUGGUCCAAAUGGACCUCGUAUGAUGAUGCCUGGUGGAGGAGCGCAUCACCAAAUGCGUGGUCCAGCUGGAGGUGCUCACGGACCUCAUGGCCCACACGGCCCUCCACAUGGUCCGCCUCAUCACAUGCCUCAGCAUCAAGGACCUCCGCCACAUCAUUUACCUCAUCAAGGGCCACCACCACACCAAGGACCUCCACCGAGAGGGCCUCCUAUGCAGUUUCAAGGUCCCCCGCAGUUGCAGCGCGGUCCUGGUGGACCGGGUCCGGGUGGACCUGGCGGACGCCCUGGCCCAGAUUGGGGCCCGCGAGGUCCCCCGCAGCAGUUACCACCGCACCCUGCGCCGCAAUACGGCCCUCCACAACACCAAAUGCCUCAUCAAAUGCCACCGCCUCACCCUGGUGGUGCAGGAGGUAUGCCCCCGCCGCAUGGAGGCCACGGCGGACACGGAGGGCACGGCGCCCACGGGCCACACGGGGCUCACGGCGCCAUGGGGGCGGCGCGCGGGCCCGCGCCCCUGCCCCACCACCCAGGUAUGCCCCCAUACCCAGGUGUAGGCGUGGGUGUGGGUGGCGGCGCGCCGGCCCCGCAUGUAAACCCCGCGUUCUUCGCGCAACAGCCGCCUGUGCAGGCCGCACCGGCCGUGCAGCCUCCGCCACAGCCCGGCCCGCCUGGUCCCGGGGCUCCCUACGGUCACCCAGCCCAUGGCGCUCCGCCACCGGCACAAGGUCCACCGCCGGCCGCCAGGCAACCGUAUGGAAGACCGCCACAGACGUACGCGCCCACGGCCGAGGCGGGGCGCGGCGGGCACCACGGCGCCCCCAUAGGAGGCGCGCUGCCCAUCCCGCACGGCGGCAUCAGCGAGGCAGAGUUCGAGGAGGUCAUGUCGCGCAACCGCACCGUGUCGUCCAGCGCCAUCGCCCGCGCCGUCAGCGACGCAGCCGCUGGCGAGUACGCCUCCGCUAUCGAGACGCUCGUCACUGCCAUAUCGCUCAUCAAGCAGAGCAAGGUCGCCCACGACGACCGCUGCAAGAUUUUAAUAUCAUCACUGCAAGACACGCUGCACGGCGUAGAGACGAAGUCGUACGGCAGCGGAGAGCGGUCGCGGCGGUCGCGGUCCCGCGAGCGAGACCGCGACGUGCGCGCGCACCACCGCACGCCGCGCCGCCGCGAGCGUUCCGCCAGCCGCUACCGCGACCGGAGCCGCGACCGUGAGGAGCGCGACAGGUACAGGGAAAGGUCGAGGGAGCGUGAUCGUGAACGCGACCGUGAUGCAUACUACAGGGAUUACCGUGAACGUGAAAGAGACAGGUCGCGCUCCAGGGAAAGGGAACGCGCCGACCAUUACAACAGAGGUCACAGUAGAGAAGAAAGGGCCCGCAAGUCCCCGGCGGAGGUGGCUCCGGAGGCGGGUGCGGGAGACGCGGCGAGCGCGAAGGCGCGCGCGCCCGCGGCGCCCUACUACGACGAGCGCUACCGCGAGCGGCGCGACCGCGACCCGCCGCCCGCCGACCGCGACCGCGAGCGAGACCACCGGCGGGACGCGCGCCACUAG